AUGUCUGUGAGCAGGAAGGCACAGGAGGCUCUAUAUCCUUCUAAAAAAUUGUGCUUCAGUGGUGUGCCUCUCCAGUUGUGAGCAUUGCUCUCUGGACCUUGGAACUCUAAUGAGACUUUGCUGAGGAGCUGAAGGGACCCAUCAGCCAUGGCAGACUUUGGGAGGGUGCCCUUCUCCCAGAGUGAAUUCUGUGCAGGACAGCCUGGGGACCAAGCAUCUUACCCAAUGUGCCAUCCUGGCUCUGGUGGAGAGAUCCCUCUAGGAUUUGAUCGAAUCGUCGAUGAAGUCAGCAAUGAGUUUUUUUUUUAUGGUUUAUCCCACGCACAUCAUCACGAAGAAAUGUUUUUCCCAGCAGACCUUUUCAGACAAAGUGUGCCUGACCAGCAUCUUUACAGUCAUCCUCUGGUUGCUCAUGGAGAGCUUUACCCUGGGAGUCCAAUCCCUCUCUGGCAGCAAGGCACAGUAGGACCAAUGGUUGGCUUCAGACCUUCCUUGCUACCUGACUGCAGAAACUUCUCUGUGAUGGAUUCCCACCCCUAUAGUCAUGAGAGGGAAAUCCAUGGAAGGAAAAGUGUAAAUUCAGCUUCAAACGUGGAAAGGAGCAACACAAAUCUGGAGUUUCAGAUAGGCUUUGACAAUCUGGAUGCUGCAAGUCCUGUUUUCUUAGAUAGUUAUCCAUCUGGACAAAAAAUGAGAGAAGAAAGUGGAAAUGGGGAAGCUUCUGUAACCAACACUUCCAGAAGAUGCAGCACAGGACCUAUCCAUUCCCAGGGCUCUGGACAUACCAGAGAGGCUGCAGGUUGGGCUAUCCAGCUGAUUGAAGCAGAUCAAGGAAGUAAUGAAAACACAGCUGGUUUCUGCAAUGCAGUGGAGAAAAUCAGAAAUGCUUAUCCUGCUUUUGAUUUGAAGACAAAUACUGGGAAAAUCUGGAGUAUCACAACAAGGUUCCCAGAGCAUAUCCUGGGUGGAACAAAAUUCAGAAUCAGCAUUUGGACAGAUUUUUCACCACAUCCUCUACUUCUUACACAACAUGCUGGCUGUAUCACUCGCGACUUAAUUGUGGAGAUCCUCCGUUGCACAAAUCAAUACCCAGCCCGGGAGGAGGAAUGCCUUCUGAGUGUUUCUGGGUCUGAUGAAUUCUUGCAAAACAAUUGUACUUUGGGAAGCCAUGAAAGCCUCCGCAAGGCAAGCACCUGCAUCCAGCUUCGCCUGCACCAUGCUGGUAAUUUGGAGCACAGUUUGGCUAGAACAUGUGGGGAUGACCAAAGAAGGUUCUGUGUGAAUGAGCUGUUAGAAGACACUCAUGCCUGGAGACUGAUUUGGCAGAACCUUGUCUCUGUUAUUAUGAACUACAGAGGUCAAGUGGAAUAUCUGCUGCAAAAUGAGAAUAAUGUUGAUAAUGUGACUGAGGCAGCUAAAGCCAUCUGCAGUGUCCUGUGCUUUGUGGAAACCAGAGACAUCACUGAUGCAAUCAGCAAACUCCAUGCUUUGGGGAGAGCACAGAAUUCUCUUCAAAGUGUGGAAACACCAGGCAAAGUGUUAAUAGAAGCUGCUGUGACUGAGCUCUCCAUGGCCAUCUCUCGUCUCAUCCAUGUCUACAGCAGCAGCUUUGAUGUAAAUUUCCAGCUUGCCAGCAUUCCUAGGAGCCCUCUAUGUGCAGACAUCAGCCUAAAUUCCCAGCUGAGCUUCAGUGUUUGUGCUGCCCAUAACAUCCCAGAAGCCUGGGUGACGAGCUACAACUUUUUCUCUUUUUCCUGUUUACUAACUUAUGCUGGGAAGAUAAUAUGUCAAGUGAAGAUUUGCAGAAAUACUCCAGUUAAAAAAUCCUUCGUUUUCCUGGCUGACUGGAAUGAGAAGGUCAACUUCCCUCUACGAAUAAAGGCUCUUCCGAGGGAAACUAUGCUGACAAUAAAACUACUGGGAUUAAACAGUACCUCUAAAAAUACAGAAGUUCUUGCUUGGACAUGCUUCCCAUUGUAUGCAAAAGAGAAGCUGAUCCGUGGAACCGUGCUGCUCAGCCUGGCGCCGUGCAGCACACUGCCCACAGCAGUGAUCACCCCGGGCAUCUGCAGCACUGAGGCACCAAACUCAGCCACCCUGCAGAUUGACUUCCCAGAAACUGAUUUGGAGUUCAUUAAACCUGAACCUGAAGAAAGAAGAGGUGAUUUUGUAGAGCCAACCCAAGAGUGCCUGAAGCACAUUGCAAGACUUUCACAGAAACACUCCCUCUUGCUACUCUCAGAGCAACAGAGAAGAAUCUUGUGGUUUUAUCGCUACUCCUGCAAUAACCAGAACUGCUCCCUUCCUCUGGUGCUGGGCAGUGCACCCAGCUGGGACAGAACCACUGUGUCAGAAAUGUAUGCCCUGCUGAGGGGAUGGAGGUUUUCUGACCCUCUGGAGGCACUUGGGCUGCUGACUUUCAGUUUUCCAGAUCAAAAUAUUCGUAGGGCCGCAGUCCAACAAAUGGAAAAUGUGUCAAAUGAUGAAUUGCUGGAAUACCUUCCACAGCUGGUUCAGGUGAUCAAGUUUGAGUGGAGUCUUGAAAGCCCGCUGGUGAAACUUCUGCUGAAUCGUUCCCUUCAGAGCAUCCAAGUAGCCCAUCAGCUUUACUGGCUGCUGAAGAAUGCUCAGAAUGAAGUUCAUUUCAGAAUGUGGUAUAAGAAACUCCUGGCUGCUCUCCAAUUCUGUGCUGGACAGGCCCUGAACAAUGAGUUUUCUAAGGAAGAAAAACUCAUCAGAAUUCUGGAAGACAUUGCCACAAAAGUGAAAGCUGCCAGUGACCCAAAAAGAAAGGAGGUGUUGAAGGUGGAGCUCAGCAGACUCCAGCAGUUCUUCCAGGAGGUGAAGCUCUGCCGGCUCCCCCUGAACCCUGCGCUCCUUGUGCAAGGCAUAGAGGCAGAUUCAUGUUCUUAUUUCACAUCCAAUGCCUUUCCAUUAAAAAUCUCUUUCAUCAAUGCGAAUGCUCCAAGUGGAAACAUCAAUGUUAUUUUUAAGAUAGGUGAUGAUCUACGUCAAGAUAUGUUGGUUCUGCAAAUUAUUCGCCUGAUGGACAGGAUUUGGCUCCAAGAGGGACUAGAUAUGCAAAUGAUCAUUUACAGGUGUUUAUCUACAGGGAAAGGACAAGGUCUGGUACAGAUGGUGCCAGAUGCUACCACACUAGCGAAGAUCCACAGGGAGUCUGGGCUGAUAGGACCACUGAAAGAAAACACAAUUAAAAAAUGGUUUCACCAUCACCAUCCUCUGGAAUCAAGUUACCAAGAGGCCAUAAGGAAUUUCUUUUAUUCCUGUGCUGGUUGGUGUGUUGUUACCUUCAUCCUGGGAGUCUGUGAUCGACACAGUGACAACAUAAUGCUGACAAAAGCUGGACACAUGUUCCACAUAGAUUUUGGAAGAUUUUUGGGUCAUGCACAGAUGUUUGGAAGCAUAAGAAGGGACCGAGCUCCCUUCAUCUUCACAUCAGAGAUGGAGUAUUUCAUAACAGAGGGGGGAAAAAACCCACGGCGUUUUCAGGAGUUUGUGGAGCUUUGUUGUCGAGCUUAUAAUAUAGUCAGGAAACACAGCCAGCUACUCCUGAACCUGCUAGAGAUGAUGCUGCAUGCAGGAUUGCCUGAGCUGAACAGCAUCCAGGAUCUGAAAUAUGUGUAUGAUAACCUCCGUCCUCAGGACUCAGAUCUCCAAGCUACAAGCUACUUUACAAGGAAAAUAAAGGAAAGUUUGGAGUGCUUUCCUGUUAAACUCAAUAACUUGAUCCACACGCUUGUGCAGAUGUCAGUGGGGAGCUCUGCAAAGCCUCCAGCUCCAGACACUGUCCCCCAGGAAUGGAUGGUGCUGGACACAGAGAGGUCAAUCGCCAGGGCCACCAUUCUGGGAUUCAGCAGAAAGCCUGACUCCGUAUACCUCAUCCAGGUGGUGCAAACCUGCAAUGUGGUCACCUUUGUGGAAAAAUCAUUCCAUCAGUUCUCAAAACUUCACAGUCAUCUCCAGAAGCAAUUCCCAUCUCAUGCCCUCCCAGAAUUUCCCCACUCAUGGCAUUUACCUUUUACGGAUCUUGAACAUAAGAGAGUGAAGGAUUUGAACCUCUAUCUGAAGCAGCUAUUAAGUGGCUCCAGGAAACUGGCUAAUAAUGAGCUUGUACUCAGCUUCUUCCUCAACUGGUCCAAAAAUACCUUGGCAGAACAUUCAUCAUCUCUGACCUUAGGUCCUCAGUCAGCUGGUCACAAGCCUGGAGUACAACUGGUCAUAUCCUAUGAGAACACCCGCCUGACAAUAAUGCUGAAACACAUGAGGAACCUCCACCUCCCAGAUGGCUCUGCCCCAAGUGCACAUGCUGAAUUUUAUCUUCUGCCAGACCCUUGCGAGGUCAGUCGAAGGAAAACAAGAACAGCUCCAAAAGGUUCUGACCCUACUUACAAUGAACUUAUUGUCUAUGACAGAGUUGCAGAGCUCCAAGGCCGUGUACUGAAGCUUGUUGUGAAAAGCAAAGGAACAUUUGUGGGAGCUGUUAACAUUCAACUGAGCAGUGUCCAGUUAAAUGAAGAAAAGUGGUACCCACUGGGAAACAGUGUAAUUUAAAUGUUCUCCAAGAUGAUUCAAUUAUUUGCCCACUAAUGUUUGUCUGUCCCAUUUCCCACGGUACGUUUUGACUCAGUUGCCCUUGAG